AGAAAUGGAGGCGUCCGAGCUCUGGGUCGGGUUCGUGGGCGCGGGGCGCAUGGCCGGGGGACUUGUCCGGGGGCUGCUGCAGGCAGGGAAGGUUCCAGCCAGCAACAUCCUAGCCAGCGCUCCCUCGGACAAAAACCUGGAGGCUUGGAGGGAGUUGGGCUGCCGGACCACGCAUUGCAACCUGGAAGUGGUGCACAGGAGCACCCUGGUCUUCCUGGCCACCAAACCCCACAUCCUGCCGGGUGUCCUGGAGGAGAUCCGUCCUGCUGUGGGGUCCCACCACAUCGUUGUGUCACUAGUGGCUGGCAUCACCAUCCAGACACUGCAGCGGGUGAGACUCCUCCUUUUCUCCUCUCCUGCUCCUCCUUUUCUCCUUCUCCUCCUCCUCUUCCACCUCCUCCUCGUUCUCUCCUCCUUUUUCCUUGUCCUCCUUCUCCUCCCCAUCUUCUUCUUCUCCUCUUCCCCCUCUUCUACUUUGUCCUCCUUCUCUCCUUCUCUUUCCUGGUCCUCCUUCUCUUUCCUUGUCCUCCUCUCCUUCUCUUCCACUUCCUCAUCAUUCUCUCCUCCUUCUUCCUUUUCCUCAUCCUCAUUCUCCUCUUCCUCCUUCUUCACCUCUCCUUCUUCUCUUCCUCCUUCUUCACCUCUCCUUCUUCUCUUCCUCCUUCUUCACCUCUCCUUCUUCUCUUCCUCCUUCUUCACCUCUCCUUCUUCUCUUCCUCCUUCUUCACCUCUCCUUCUUCUCUUCCUCCUUCUUCACCUCUCCUUCUUCUCUUCCUCCUUCUUCACCUCUCCUUCUUCUCUUCCUCCUUCUUCACCUCUCCUUCUUCUCUUCCUCCUUCUUCACCUCUCCUUCUUCUCUUCCUCCUUCUUCACCUCUCAUUCUCCUCUUCUUCCUUUCCUCCUCCUCUUCUUCUUCCUCCAUUUGCACCCAGGCCCAUGCAGGACACACCACUGUGGCAUUGUCCCUGCUUGGCUGCACCUCCAGCCCCCUCCCUGUGCUCCUUGCUUCUCCACCAGCUGAUGGGUGACACCCACUGGUGUCUCGGAUCACCCUUGGGCACUUCCCAGGGCUGGCACCCCUCCUCCCAUCCCCAUCUUUUCCCAGCUCCUCCCGCCCUGGACCAAAGUUCUG